UGUAUGUUUUGGUAAAUAAUCAACAAAGCAAUAUAUGUCAUAGCCUUCAAGAGUACUUCCAAAAAAAGGAACUAUAUACACAUAUAUAUUAACAUAUCUACAAUAUACUUUACAUAUACAUGUAUAUAUUACAUUUCAAUCCGAAACUGUAGAAAACAGUACAUAGUAUGGGCUUAUUUCAUAAAUAUGUACAUAUAUAUAAACACCUUACUAUAAACUACAGCAACAACUGUCGUCGAAAAAUGCGCCGAUAAGCGACCAAGCAAUCAUUCUCUCUUCCGAUUCCUUUCGAACCACUUUAGUCGUUCUUCUAUACCAAUGCCGGCAACAGCAACAGAGGCACUUACAGCAACAAAUGCACAAAUAAUAAUUUUAUGAGGGCAAAUUGAAAUAUACCGAAAAACUCCGCCCCACGUAAGUCCAGUGCACAUAUCCAGCACAUGCAUACAAAACACCUCCUCUCCUCUCAGGAACAGUUGGGUUAAAUUGAUAAAAUCUUGAAAUGUAAAAAGAAAGAACAAUAAUAAUGGGAAUACUUCCCAGUAUUUACAAGCACCUCAUCUGACCAUCUCGCUCUAACGCUCGCAAUUUCCGCGUGUUGUGUUGGUGUAAAGAUAUUACUAGUGGUGUUGGUGCUCGGAACCACAAUCAUUGUCGUCCAUGUUGGAAACGGCGAAAAACAAAUAAACCAGCAAGCAAUUACUCUUUCGUAUACAUGCGUUCGGUUGUUGGUCCGACGUACAGUCAGCUUGUGUGUUUAUAUUAAUUAUAGACUUGGACUGAAUGAAGAUGUGCAGUGCUCGAGCUGACUGCGGCAGAGAACAUUAUGGGUGUUGGUUGAACCGUCGGCGGAGGUCGCGGUGUCAACUCUAGCGAUGGCAUAUGCAGCAACAAUGCCCGAGGAAUAGAAUUAAGUGGCUUUUUGAUGAAUUUCUUGCUCUCUUGUACCAAUGGGAAAGAGCCGGGCAAGGCGUGCUGCUUCGUUCUCGCAUACACGGAGCAACAGCUAGUAAACGGUCGGUCGAUAAUCGUCUGAUUGCGGUUAGGUGAGGUGUGGUGCUGAUCUGAUAGUGGUGGUUGUGGUGGUGAUACCUUGGCGCAACAAUGGCAACAAUCUCGUGCUCAUGGUCUCAUCGUCUACUCGCUCACUGAUUCGUUGACUUCUUGCUGCUCUCCGCUUACGGCAGCUGCUGCGUCGUUAAUCUUUCUGGUUUGCUUUGCUUUGGUUUGUUAAACUCGAAGUCUGCUCGCUGUGCUCAGUUCAAAUUGAAUUUUCAUGUUGAGUGCUCGUUGGUUGUUCGUUGCGUUCUGUUUGUUGCACAUUUCGGCUUGUGCUACCGUCGGUGGUUCACUAGUUCGAGCAGAAUUGCUUUGAGAUUUGCUUAGCUUGUGCCGCGAGAGUGGUGUAGGAUGUCCGCGAAUCGGGUUCAUUUGGCAAACGGUGGCAGUUGAGCUGACCGAGGUCUAAACCGGAAUUCACUUCAUCGGCUGUGCUGUCGGUCGAGCACGUUGUGUGCGAUUGCAAUUAUUUUUAUUAACGCAGCCACAAAAUUGAAUCUUAAUUGAUUGGUAUAAUAAGCCAACACUAACAAUAUUAAAUUUUUAUUAUGAAAAUACAUAUUUACAUGUGCACGAAAUACUUAUUAUGUACAUACAGAAGGAGCUUCAACGACAAUACGACUGUGAACCAUUGUGAAUAUAUCAACACAUACAAGUACAUACAUGUAAAACUAUACAUAUAUACACCGAUAUUUGUGGAUUUUGUGCUGAUGUGAAUAGCACAUUCUUUUCGACUGAUGUGAAUAGAAUUCAUUGUGUGUUUGGUGCAAACUUAAAGUGGACUUAUUCGACAUUUAUGCAAUAGUCCGUGUGAGUUGUUGCUGUAUUUUUAUUCGCUCAACUGCAGAGCUUUAGUACAGAAUGGUUUUAGAGCAACAACUGCAAAAGCAACAACAAAACCUGCAACUACAACGCAUAUCAGCGCAAGGACGUUUGAGCCCGGCGGCAGACACGGUCAGUGGUCCCGAUAGUGUAACAGUCAGUGGCGGUGGUAGUAUAGUUUCGUGUCCUGGAACAGUGGUCCGUUCAACAGCCAAUUCUUCAACCAUGCCGCCGGAAGGCUUGCACCCAACCGCUGCGUUGCAGUUGUACGCCGCUGCUGCUCAGUUAGCGCCCGGUGGGGUGCGAGUCCCUCCUUGGGGACCAUUUCUGCAAUUCGGUGUGCCGGGAGUGUUUGCCGGCGGCCCGUUUUUGGGCCGUCCCCGUUUUGAAACUAAUCCGCAGAAUGCUGCUGCUGCCGCAGCGGCCUCACAAAUGGCGGUUAAUGCAAGUAAUGCGUUCGCGAAUUUAACUGGAUUAAGUGUGGCGAUGCGAAAUGUUUCGGCUGUGCAAACGACUGCGGCUGCUGCUGUUGCAACAGUAGCCAUUCAACAUCGGUUAAUGAUAGGAAAUCGGCAAAACCUGGCAGCCGGCCCGCCUAGUGAGGGAUCGAAUGAAGAUGGAGGCUUUCCUGGUGAUGGUGAUGAGGAUAGUAAUGCUGCGAAACGGAGACGAUCUCGAACUAACUUUAAUUCGUGGCAACUGGAGGAGCUGGAGCGUGCGUUCUCUGCCAGCCACUAUCCCGAUAUUUUCAUGCGUGAAGCACUGGCUAUGAGACUGGACUUGAAGGAGAGCAGAGUUGCGGUAUGGUUCCAGAACCGAAGGGCAAAAGUGCGAAAACGCGAACACACCAAAAAAGGACCGGGACGACCUGCACAUAACGCUCAACCUCAAACCUGCUCCGGAGAACCAAUUCCGCCAAGUGAAUUGAAAGCCAAAGAAAGGGCUCGACGAAGAAAAAAGUUGGCGAAAGCGAUUGAUCGACAAGCGAGAAAGUUGCAGGCCAAAGGCAUCACGGUCGACCUCGAAGCUCUUAAGGCCGAAUACAUAUCACAACAUAAAGCCAAUGGCACCUUCUCCGACUCAGAUCUGGAAGACGAUGGCAUACAAAUAGACGUAGUGGGCGGUACGGACAGUGACGACGAUGGAGAUGACUGCUCAUUUCGAAGCCCUAGAGCAAAUAGCUUAAUGCCAGGCAGCUUCUCACCAAACAGUAGUCAAAAUGGCAUAGAGAGUCCAGUAUCCAAUGGAGAACGCAACACUGAGGAUGACAGCAAUGCCACAGAUAGUUGUGGAAAGACAUCGUUCAUUUUUCCUACAGCAAGUACAGCCAUGUCGAAUUUGCGAUUAAACCUGACAAAUUCCAAUACACCCGCCCAUGAAUAUCAGCAACAACACCAGCAAAAUCAGCAAAAUCAAAUUCAUCAAAAUCACAACAGUAAUCAGCAUCAAACAUCGCCGAUUAGCAUCCGGCGGAACAAUCCAUUUAGCAUAGAGUCACUUCUGUUCAACAACACGUGAGAUUUAUUGAGAUGGUUAAAUGGUUGAAUGCAAAGGCAAACAAGUUGUACGCUUUCUCGCAAGCCAUUGCUUGUGCCCACUUUACCCAUCCACAGCAGAUACGCGUUAACACAGUCACAUGCAGGGAGUAUAUCAGCCACUGUAUAGUGUAUGUACCAUAUAAAUAAGCGACUAAAUAUUAAGUAUGUAUGUAUAGCAUUAGUGAAUAGUUAAAGAAUGUACCAUGGAUGAACUGAAGUAAUUAACGGAAUUGUUUAGCAGCUAAGCGAGUACGUACAUAUGUAUGUACGACUGUAUGCACCAGCACUUAUAUACAGAAAUACCCACAGUAAAUAAUGAUAAUGCAUCCAGAACCAAUUGCGCAAUAUUAAUAUAAUUAAUGUACCAUAGUGAGUAUUCAUUUACAUAUUUUUCAUGAAAAUUAUGCGGAGUGUACAGUGUCUAUUUAAAAAUAUUUCAAAAUAUGUGGAAUUCUUUGAUUUGUAUUUCUAUCUUUUCCAACUGUAUAUAGAUUAACUUAUGCCAAAGUAUAAUUAUUUCACUUCUAACAUACAUAAGUAUGUACACGCAUUUUCUUUCUGUGGCAGAAGCUGUGGCUAAUUCAAGUCGCACUCGCCAACUAGUUGCCAACUUUUCAACAGAAUAAUCGACAUGUAUUGUUCCUCUUCAUGUUGGAGUUAGCCAUUUCGUGACAAUAACUUAUAAAAAAAACCAGGCCUCUUGGAACUGGCUCUGGAAAUGUUGUUCCGAUAGGACCUAAUUAUUGGUCAAUUUGCCGUAAAUUUAAAAGCUUUUUCCACAAGUUUAAUCUUUUUUUUUAUAAAAAAAUAUGCGGAAAUAUGAUUAUGCGCUACUUUUGUCUAGUUUGUUAUGCUCUUAAAUGAAUUUCGAACCGAUGUGAAAAGAUCGCAACAAAGCAAUGGCUGAUUUGCGAACAAUUUUAUCUCAUUAGAUAAUUACUUCGCUAAUUUCUAGUUGCCUACACUUAUAUAUAGUUAUUUGAUUACAAAUUUUUAGUUAAAUACCAUUGUAUGAGUAGUUUACAAGUACGAGUAUGCAAUUAUAUGUGUGAACAGGGCUUUGAAUAUUAUAGAAAUCUAGCUUUAAGUGCAAUACAAAUAUGCAUACAUACAUAUGUAUGUAUUUUAGUGUAGUAUUACAAAGGCAUAUUUUUAUGUUUAUGUACAUAUUUAUGUAUGUUUAAGUUAAUGUCUGACGCUUUAAUACCUCUUUAGCAUUUUAAUAUUUUGUUUAAAAAUAUAUCGCUUUUGUGUUCUCCUUGAAACUGAAUCAGUUUUAUAUACUUGCUAUAAUUAUUAUUGUAAAAUAAUUUCAAUUUAGUUUAAAGAAAAUAUGAAUAAAUAAUAUGUUCCAUUAAAUGAAGAAAUAUCAUCUAACUAUUUACAAGUAAAA